CUUUGGGUCAAUCAAGUUGUAUUUUGAGAGAAAUAUCGAAUCUCGUUCAAAUUAACAAUCGUUCUAUGAUACUUAUUAUACGCCUUCCUGGAUGAAGUUUGAGAAACUAUUUUGGAUGCAAAUAUUUGAGAUGCUUUUGGGUACUCUCCUUUUUGGCUUGCAUGCCCAAUCAGACAUGACGCAUGACAAGUGGGUGCUUUUUGGCACCGCGCAAGGAUUCUGCAGUCCGUUGAUCCUGCAAGUGUUUAGGCUCGACGUUCCGACGUUCACCGACUCGAAUUUUAGUAAACCUAUUAACGUCAUCAUUCUUUUGUAUUGCAUGCUGGCAUACGCCGCCGGUACAUCUCUGACGAUAAUGGAUGCGGUCGAUGGGUUUAAGUCCAGGGGUGGAGUCAUGGUACUUUGCAAGCCAGUAAUCGCUUCCUUUCUUAUUAUUUUACUAUUCAUCGACUUUGUCGUUACACUGUGCAAGAAAAAACAUGACAUCCCUGAGGAAAAUAAUAAAUAAAUACUAUCCGUUUU